AUGCCAAAAGUCGAAGCAUUUGCGAAAGAGGUGGCACCCCUUCCUCUGUUGUCCGUUCUCGCACUAACUGCAAUCAAAGAUGCAUACGAGGACCUCCAACGUUAUCGCUCAGACCAGAAAGUCAAUAACACCUUAGCCGAUGUUUUCAGCCUUGACGAACGUCGCUAUGUCAAACAACCGUGGGCAAGCAUUCGGCCGGGGGAUUUUGUCCGACUGCAAACGAAUGAAAUUAUUCCCGCGGACAUUCUUAUCUUAAAGUCUUCGGACAUUUCAGGUCUUUGCCACAUUGAAACUGCAAAUCUGGAUGGGGAAAACAAUCUCAAGCAAAGGGAAAUCGUCCGCAUUGAUUGUUUAAACGUCUUCAGUCCCGAAGAGUUCGGUUGGGGUGUUGAAGUCGAGGCUCCCAACCCCGAGCUGUAUCAUUUCAGUGGAAAAAUCCUGACACCGAAUCCGAUUAUAGUGAGGAAGGAAAAUCUCCUUUUACGCGGCUGCAUCCUGCGUAACACUGACUCCGUGGAAGGAAUGGUCAUCUACGCUGGUCGUGAAACUAAGGCUGUGCUCAAUAACUCCGGGCGAAAGUUCAAACGAAGCAAGUUGGAGCGGCGAAUUAACAAGGACGUCAUCUGGUGUGUCCUCAUUCUAGCGAUUGUCUGCAUCACUGGGGCUGUGGGUUGCUACAUUUGGCUAAAGAGCUUCCCCAGUACCGAGGUUCCCUUUUUGGCGGGCCACAUAUCCGAAGACGCCUCCAUUGAGGCAUUUAUCAACUUUUGGACCUUCAUUAUCAUCUUCCAGAACAUCAUCCCCCUUCCGCUGUAUGUGACCAUCGAAUUUGUCAAACUCGCCCAAGUCCGGUUCAUCAGAAACGACAUUGAGCUCUAUGACGAGAAGACGAACAAAUGCGUGGACGUGCGAGCAUUUAACAUUAACGAAGAUCUCGGUCAAGUUGAGUAUGUUUUCUGCGACAAGACUGGCACUUUGACGGAGAACAAGAUGGAGUUCAAGCGGGCGGCAAUCAACGGAGUUGAUUAUUGGACAGAUGAAGCUGUCCCUUCGGAGGGCUCGGUCUUCGAGACAGAAGUUGCAUGC